AAAGUUUAAGAAUGAGGUCCGAGCUCCUCGGUCUCGUCAGCAUAGGGUUGACGAUGGCUGUUCUAGGGAACGCCUGGCACCAACGUCAACAGUUCUAUCCUUCAGUUGUUUACAUAACAAAAUCUAACCCAAGCAUGGCCAUUAUAUACCUCCAGUCCCUGGUUGUUGUUGUACUGAUCGGGAAGAUAAUGAGGAAAAUAUUCUUCGGUCAACUUCGUGCUGCUGAGUUUGAGCAUCUAAUGGAGCGAUCGUGGUAUGCUGUAACGGAAACCUGCCUGGCGUUCACAGUUUUCAAGGACGAUUUCUCACCUAAGUUCGUUGGUCUAUUUGUGCUCCUGUUGUUCCUGAAAUCGUUCCACUGGUUAGCUGAGGAACGAGUAGACUUUAUGGAACGUUCCCCGGUCAUUUCAAUUCUCUUCCAUCUAAGGGUAUUAUCCCUGGCUGUAUUCCUUGCUGCCCUGGAUAUACUGUUCAUUCAACAUGCUUGCACUAAUACAAUAACAAAGGGAGCCAGUGUUCAGCUUGUAUUUGGGUUCGAGUAUGCCAUCCUUCUGACAAUAAUCUUGAACACAGUGAUCAAAUAUAUUCUUCAUAGUGUUGAUCUCCACAGUGAGACUCCAUGGGAGAAUAAAGCUGUAUUCAUGCUCUACACUGAACUCUUCAUUGGAUUUCUUAAGGUCCUGCUAUAUGUCCUAUUCUUCAUGAUUAUGGUCCGUAUAUUUACUCUACCUCUGUUUGCUGUCCGACCGAUGUAUCUGACCAUGCGAGCAUUUAAAAAGGCAUUCAAUGAUGUUGUCCUAUCUCGACGAGCAAUCCACAAUAUGAACACUCUCUACCCUGAUGCUACAGCCCAGGAACUAGAAAAUACGGAUAAUGUUUGUAUUAUCUGCAGGGAGGAGAUGGUUGCUCCUAGUGCUAAGAAACUACCUUGCAACCAUAUAUUCCACAGAAGCUGUCUAAGAUCCUGGUUCCAAAGACAACAAACAUGUCCAACCUGCAGGUUGGAUGUUCUACGAACAGCUCCUGCAGCUGCUACAGUACCUCCAAAUUUCCAGCAGCAAGUUGCUGCUCUACAUCAGCAGAUAGCAGCUCUGCAACAGCAGAGAACUCAGCAGCAGCAACCGCAGCAGCAACCUCAGCAGCAGUAUAUGCCUAACCUUCUUAAUAUGAUGGGUUUACCCCCUCAGGCUCUCGGAGCUGGUGCAGCAGGGGGUGUUGGAGGCGUUCCUGGCCGCCCUCGCGUCCUUCCACCCUUCCCUCCAUUUAUGGCUUGGAAUAUACCUCCGCCCAUGCCUCCACCAAAUUUCCAGGGGAUGAGUGAUGAUGAAUUGAGGGAGAUGGAGGGAGCUGAGAGGGAGAAUGUGGAAGCCAGAAUCAGGUGCCUACGAAACGUACAGGUUCUGCUCGAUGCUGCUGUUCUGGAAAUGCAGCAAUAUAGUGCAGUCGUGGCAAGGUGUACUGCUCAGCAGAAUUCAGCUAGAGCCAGCAGUGCAGCUGCUGAUACUUCGGAGAAUCCUCUAGUAGCUGCUACAGCGGCCGCCAAUGCUGCUGCAGCUGCUACUGCUUCUCUUGCAGCUGAUGCGGCAGCUGCCUCCACUAGUCCAGCUGCUGCUGAUAUUAAGCAGGUACAGACAAAUAAAUCAUCACAGCCCACAUCACAACCAUCAUCAUCCCAGCAGGCAACAGGAGCUAGACCUAAGGUUCCCAAUUCACAUUCAAGUAAUCCUAAUAAGAUGUCUUCAGCAGCAUCAGUCUCUACUACUACUUCUUCUUCAAGUGAUAAGUCAGCUGCUUCAGAAGCUUUAGGUACAGCUUUGGCAGCUUCUAAUUCAGCUUCUCCUCCUGGUUCCUGUAGUUCUCCUCCUGGUUCUACUGAAAAGAAAGGACCUGGAAGCCCUUUUGAUGAGGAUAAUCCUUUUAAUAAUCUGACCAGAACACCAGAACAGGAUGAGAUCAGGAAAAGACGUCUGGCGGUGUUCGAAGAACAGAAGAAGAGAUUGAUGAAAAAAUAAAUGAUUUAAAAGAAUAUAACGGGGAAAUGGGAGAUAAAUGGGUAGUACAGAAGAAAUGGGAGAUAAAUGGAUAGUAAAGCGUAAAUGGGAGAUUAAUGGAUAGUAAAGUAAAAUGGGAGAUAAAUGGACAGUAAAGGGAAAUGGGAGAUAAAUGGAUAGUAAAGGGAAAUGGGAGGUAAAUGGAUAGUUAAGUAAAAUGGGAGAUAAGUAGAUAGUGAAGGAGAAAUGGGAGAUAAAUGGAUAGUAAAGGAAAAUGGGAGAUAAAUGGAUAGUAAAAGGAAAUGGGAGAUAAAUGGAUAGUAAAGGGAAAUGGGAGAUAAAUGGAUAGUAAAGGGAAAUUGGAGAUAAAUAGAUAGUAAAGGGAAAUGGGAGAUAAAUGGAUAUUAAAGGGAAAUUUAAGGUAAAUGGAUAGUAAAGAGAAAAUGGGAGAUAAAUGGAUAAUACAGGGAAAUGGGAGAUAAAUGGAUAGUAAAGGAAAAUGGGAGAUAAAUAGAUAGUAAAGGGGAAAUGGGAGAUAAAUGGAUAGUAAAGGGAAAUUUAAGGUAAAUGGAUAGUAAAGAGAAAAUGGGAGAUAAAUGGAUGUAUAGGUGAAAUGGGUAGUGCAGGGAAAUAAGAUUAAAUGCAUGGUAAAUGGAUAGUAAAGAGAAAUGGGAGAAUUAUAAGACCGGUUCAAUUUUAAUGUUAAAAUGGGUAAAAUUUGUUAAGUUCAUCCAGGUUUUCAUAUUUAAUAAUUCGUAAUUUCUCUUACUGUAUUUACUCCGAGAGUGGGGAUCAAGCAAUGGAUGCUUAGUGACUAUCCUAAAACUUCUUUUUGUUACAACUCUUUAAACUUCCUCGUCUUGAUUUAGAAUAAAAAAUAAUAUGUGUGAAUAUAUUUAUAUUUGUAAUUAUAAUAAAUUUUUGUGAUGUCUCGA